AUGGCCUCCGACUGGUUGAACGCUUCCCUCAAGAAGUUUUACUUUAACCAGCAAAAGUGUCACUCCAUCUCUGAGCUAGCAAGGGAUUUCGACCGUCAAGUAAUCAACUACCUUAUAGUGAUUGAUCGACUCUACAAACUAUUCCCAAAGAACAAACACACAUUUACAAUCGUCUGCGAUAUUAUUGAAAGUACAUUAGGCUACAAUAUGGAUGUUGAAAGAGCAUCGCUUUUUGACCACUCGUUUGGAAUCUUUGAUGCACUGCGAGAUAUGCUGAUGAUGGCCUUGCCCAUUAUGGCCAAUCGGUCAAAACAUGAGUCUUGUUUACCUGCCGAGCACAAUUUCUUGUGGGGUUUGUUCUAUCGCAAUCUAAGUAUGGGUCUAAGUGGAGAUUCCAACCGAGUGUUACGCCCUUCAGAUCAAGUUUUUGAUGAGUGCAUCUCUGAUUUAGAUAUGACAGAGUCUGGCUCGCCAUCCUACCCACAGCUACAGUCAACAUUCAAAAUAUUGCCACAAAAAUCUCCAAUCGCAUUGCCAUCCAUGCAGUCACGCUUUACAAAUGCUCCAAAGACUCCAACCGUCAUGAUCCGAGUAGAAAGCAUGCACCAGAAUCAGUCUGAUUCGUCUACAGUAUACCCUUCAAAACCUCCACGUUUGGCAUCGUUUUCUUCCAAACCCGAUACUGCACCACUAGAAGAUAUUGGAUUGUUAGAAAGAGAUUCUGUAGAGGCAUUGUUGUCGAUAUGGUCUUGCGCUUUAUCUACCAACGAGACUAUGGUUCAAAAAUUAACUCCUCGUAUUUGCCAUUACAAUGCGUCGGCUGAUCAUACUGCAAAGUGUAGUCAUACAUCUCAAAAAUUCAAGGCUGCUUGUGGUGGUAAACAUGGCACUUUGAAGCAUGGAAAUGCUGCAGGAGGUAGCAAUCUUGCUCGCAAUAGUGCAAAAGAGCUGUCUACUGCCAAAUCAAGCAAGACAAAAAAAGCCAUUGGAAAGCGCGCAGUAAUUGUUUUGAAACCUCCAUCAUUGGUAUCCGAGUCAUCUACUCAAAACUCUACCAAUGCUAGUUCCAUAGAGCAUUGUUCAUUAUCAAGUGUGGAUAAAGAGUCGUUUCUGACUGAAAAAACUGCACAUCGUGCAGUUUUUGUCUGUUCCCUUGCACAGCAUACCCCAGCUAGUACACAUGCAAUGAUCCAGCCAGUUUCUAUACCAAAAAUAUCUAAAGAUACCAAUUUAAUCAAUUAUGAUUUUCCAAGACAAGUUCCAAAAAAAUCAAUUCACGUCAACACCUCUGCUUUACAGAUGGAUAGUGGCGUAGAUAUGUCGGCCAUUUGCUUCAACUCUGCGUCGGAUAACACUGCUAAAUCUGAUGGUUUUAGCCCUGGAUCUACCACCAGCAGCAUUGCUAUUACUGACGGAGAAAAAACUACCACCACACCAUCAGUCACUACCCCAAAUACUCCAACCGAUACUACGCAUAUCAAUGGUGCUCAUGGUCACUUUUCUCGAGCCAUGAGCACCGGAAAAUGGCCUACCAAAUCGUGUCCGCAGUUAGAAUCAGACUCGCCUUCUGAUUACGCAAGAGAAAUUCUCUGCUAUAUUGUGAAAUCGUUCAAAUCUCAGCCAGAAUAUAUUGAUAUCUUUGCGCUAAUUUCAUCAUCUGUUGCUCCAGCUACCGAUAGCAAUGGUUCUGCAAACAAUCCAACUGCAGUUUUGGAUCACUAUUUAGAUCGUAUCGAGAAAGCUCAAUUCAAAACUAUUGGUACAUUUUAUACCGAGCUGAUGGCUGAUCUGGAGCGAAUAGAAAUCGCUGUUUUGAUGCAGCCUGAAGAAGAAAGAACCUAUCUUUUGGCUGCUUUACACAAACUCAGGACAUUUCACUCAAAGUCUUGGGUACACUAUUUUCCGAGCACGGUUGGAGGUCGUGGAUCAAGAAGAAAACUGAUGGCUUCUUCUUUAGCUACUGCUGAUACGAGUCAUUCUACUUCACCCACCACAUCCAAUUUUGCCACAGAUUUCAGCUUUGAUGGUAUUAUUCCGCACAGCUCAAAGAAAACAGAUAUAUUUGGAAAACGCUCCAAACGAUCUACAGUUGAAACAGCAAUGAGGCCAUCAAAGCGAUUGUCAUUAUCACUGUGA